UACUCAUUUCCCCAAUUUUAUUUCAAACUCAUCAGCUCUAUUCACACUCUCCAGUUUCUCCUCGAUCCAUUAAUCAUCAUCCAUUGCCAAGGAGAUGGACACGUCAAAUCCUGCAGCCUUUGUCAAUGCUGAGUUCCUCAAGGAGCAUGUAGGAAGGAGGGUUCGUGCAGUGGUUCAGGUUAUGCAAUCUGAUGGUGAUACAGUCAUUGGAAAAUCCACAGAUGAAAAACAGCUAGUUGUGAAAGGAUAUCCACCUAAUCCUCUUUCAACUUUUGUUGAAGUAAUUGGUAUUGCUGACACUACCCAGUCUAUUCAAGCAGAAACUUGGACCAAUUUUGGUGAUACACUUGAUGUUACUAGCUACGACAAGGUUUGCAGACUGGCAAAUGGGGACCAUAAGCACUUGUUUAUCUGAGAAAUAGCGAACGAAUGCUAUAGAAGUGGAUGUAAUCUUACUUCUGCUGCAUUCUUGCAGUCUUUAAAUGUAUAACUAUAGUUAGAAGUAUUUUUGAACAUUUGGAUCUUCAGCUUCUGUUAGGUAGUUUCAUCAUAAGAAGUUUAGCUCUGUGUUAGAUGGAAACUUGUUUAGUUUUCAACUUAUGCUAUUUGGUAUUGAACCUUAAUAUUUGUAGUUUCCCUAGCUAGUCAGUUUGACUUCAAAUGAUUUGUGUUACAUAA